UAUUAUACUUUUCUGGUGAUAUUUUUGGGCAUGUGUGCAGAAUGUCAAAAAUAUAAACCGACGUGGGAAAGCAUUGAUUCUCGUCCAAUUCCAGCUUGGUAUGACGAUGCUAAAAUUGGAAUGUUCAUGAACUGGGGCGUCUAUGCCGUCCCAUCCUGCACCAGUGAGUGGUUUUGGUGGUUCUGGAAAGGACAACCACAACCAAAUGUGGUGGAAUUUAUGAAGAAAUUCUACCCACCAAACUGGACCUACGCGGACUUUGCUAAGGAAUUCCGGGCGGAGUUUUAUGAUGCUAAAAAGUGGAAAGAAAUCAUUGUUGCCUCUGGUGUCAAGUAUGUGGUGUUGGCUUCCAAACAUAGUGAUGGAUUUAGCAUGUACCCUACCAAUGUGACGUACCAGUGGAACUCACGAGAUGUUGGACCAAAACAGGACCUUGUAGGUCCUUUAAAGGAAGCAUUACAAGGAACAGGAAUUAAGUUUGGGCUGUACCAUGCUAUGAUUGAGUGGUUUAAUCCAAUAUGGCUGGCAGACCAAAGGAAUAAUUUAACCACUCAAAGAUAUGUCAAUGAUUAUAUCCACCCUCAACUCUAUGAGAUCAUAAAUACAUACAAACCUGACAUUCUCUGGAAUGACGCAGGCUGGUUGGCUCCAAGCUGGUAUUGGAAUUCUACUAUAUUUCUGGCCUGGUUGUACAAUGAAAGUCCUGUUAAAGACUACAUCAUCGUAAAUGACCGGUGGGGGUCAGACUGUUUCUGUAAACAUGGAGGAAUUUGGACAUGUUCGGAUCGAUUUCAUCCAGGUCACGUGAUGCCACAUAAAUGGGUCAAUGCCAUGACAGUAGAUAGAGGAUCCUGGGGGUUCAGAAGAAAUGCUGACUUGAGUCAGUACUACUCCAUAGAAGAACUCUUGGAGGAAGUCAUUUAUACCAUAAGUUUUGGUGGGAACAUUCUUAUUAAUGCUGGGCCAACGGCUUGGGGGACCUUUGCCCCGAUCUACGAGGAAAGAUUCCGUCAGCUAGGGUCAUGGUUGAAGGUCAACGGAGAAGCUAUUUAUAAAACAACCCCCUGGAUUCAUCAGAAUGACACAGAAACCAACAGGGCAUGGUACACAGCCUCAAAGGCCAACAAGAAGGUGAUUUACUGUUUGUUGCUGGAUUGGCCAUUAAGUAACGAGAUUUUAUUGGGGUCGCUGAAGGGUAUCCCAGUCACUGGGGUCACGCUGCUGGGGUCAGAUGCCACAAUGUACUUCUUUGAGGAGGCUCAUGGACUGCGAGUUUUAUUCCCAGUUCUUAAUAUACGCAAGAUGCCUUGUCAGUGGGCCUGGAGUUUGAAGAUUAUGCUCAAGUAGAGAACUGUUAAAAAUACAUUGUAAAAUUGGUUUUUUUUUUUCUUAGACUGUGAAUUUUCAGUUUUGAUUUCUAUAAGGUAACAUUUAGAUUGUUUUAAGGUCACACCAUUGAGAUUAUAAGUUGUUUACAAAGGGGUGAUUAAA